CCCGAAGAGCCAUAUGCAAUACUCCGCCAUUGCUGGGGUGCUAAUCCCAAGUUUCUCACACUCACGUCCACCAACAUGGUGGAACCCCGUCAAGGCAUCAAAGUUAGCCUUCUUCCAAGAAAUUUUCAGGACGCAAUUUCGAUAUGCAAGCAACUACGCCUUCCUUAUAUUUGGAUUGACAGCCUCUGUAUCGUUCAGAGUGGAGAAGGUAGUGAGGAAGACUAG